GACAGCUCUCGAAAUCCUAACCUACCGAACUAUUUCCUAAUAACGUAAAAGAUAUUGUGAAAAAUAAAUAAUUAAAACAAACUUUUAAAUAUGAAGAAUGGACGAUAAUGGGAAGCACACGUCCUCUUAUCAUUUGGACCAGGAAAUAUUGGAUGCUCGUGGCAUCAGCAUGACUGUUGAAGAGGUGGCAGGUCUCUCCACUUGCAAGUACUCAGAGAGGGUGCAGUCCCUCAAACUCAAUGAGGAUGACCUUGCCUUCCUGAAGGGACUCCGGAGAAGGAUCAAAAAUAGACUAGCCUCCCAAAACAGCAGACGUCGUAGUGUCGAGCACCUCAGGCGUUUAGCUCGAGAAUUGCGAGCGGUUCGAGCCUGCAGAGACGAUGCGCUUGCUGAGAGGAGGUCACUUAUGACGCAGAGGGAUAAUGUUCGGGCCAGCUGUCUUAGAUUAAGACGGCAUAUUGUCCAGAUUCUACAAGAUCGAGCAGACUCAACCGAAGUGCCAAUAUUAGAUUUAGAUACCAAGAAAGAAUCUCAAACUACGAUACCAAUUAAAAAGAUCGCCGUCACAGAAACUAAAACACCUCUCAUACCAGAAUGUUUUGAAAAAACAGAAAAAAAUAUAUUCGAAUGCCGCAUAGACAAACUAGUACAACAGAGCGUCAAUCACAUUUUCAAAAACGAGGUUGAAAAGAAAAAAGUUUUUGCAAAAACAGUUUUUAUAUCAAAUGAAAAAUUGAGUUCGAAUAUUAAGUCUAUGGUUUUUAAUGGUGAAGAUAGUUUGAAGUUACUCGAGAGUGAUGACGGAGUAUUGAAUUUGUCUCUUAAAGAAGGGAGAAGAAAAAGCCAUGGGAGGAAGCAGUUAGCUCCGAGAAGAAUUACUUGCGUCUAUUCUGAUAAUAAUGAUGGCGUCCUGGAUUUAAAAAUUAAGAAGGAGAAUCCGUGAUAUACAUAUACCAACAUACAAGCAUAGUUAAGUAUCAUAUACACACUUAUAUACAGACCAAAAAUAGAUAUAUAUAUAGAUAUUAAUGUCGGGAACAUUAUUAUACAUACAGGGUGUUAACGAAACGCCCUCGAAAAACGCUGACAUUUUUUUACGUUCAUGUAACAGCUUCGUCGUGUGACUAAGAUUACCGGAGGCCCAAUCCCCCCCCCCCCCGUCACUUUCCCUGAAUCCCGAAUAAUCCUAUAAUUCCUAAUUCCAAAAGGAUGGCCGGUAAUGCACUUGUAACGCCUCUGGUGUUCCAGGUGUCCAUGAGCGAUGCCUAUUGCGUACCAUCAGGUUAUCCGUCAGCUCGUAUACCGACUCAUCCCAUAAAAACCAUACCAUCAAACCAUAAUAAAUAACCAUCAGACCACCACGGAUAGGGCUAAUGCCUAUACGGAGCCGUGGAGGACUUAACGGGUUGCC